AUGACAUCCGACGCCCAAGUCCCAGCGUUCGUGCAUCUUAGCGCGAUGCCGGACGGGAAACCCACGAAGAAGAACGCGGUGAUCGCCAAGUGCACCAGCUGCGCCAAGGCGAUUGACCAAGUUCACAUGCUCCACGCCAGCUACAAGGCCGUGAUCGAGCACUUUCGGCAGCUCCUCACGCACCUCCGCGCGUCCAAGGCCUCGGUGGUUCUAUGGCCGCCGGACGACGCAGUGAUUGCAGCCGCGGGCGGCGUCGGAUUCGGGAUUUUAAACGAGAUGGACGUCGAGAGCGGCCCCGUCACCGAGGCGGACGUGACGAUCCCACCCGUGUUGCUCUAUCUCCAUCCGCACUUGACCGUGGAAGACUUUGUCCGGUUUGCGACCGACCCGGUCUUUCUCUACAAGACGGCGCCGGUCUGCGAGAACUGCUACCUCGUGUACGCCGACUUUAGCACGUCGGCGCUCGAAGUAAAUACAGUGCGGGAGCACGCGCCUGCGAUUUUGCGGCCCAAGCGGCUCGUGCCACCGCUCAACGCGCGCUUUGAAGCCAAAAGUACCAAGCCGCCGGACGACGCGUGGCUGCCGAAACCCGCGAAAGCAAAACCAGCGCCCAAGAUGACGGUCAAGACCCAGUACCCGUUUACGGACCCGCCGACGCUGCCUGCGCGGAUCGACCAUACGAUGCUGAGCGACAUGGAGCGCAGCCUCCCGAGCGAUAUCAAGCGCGACGAUUUGAAAAAGGUGCCGUACUUGCCCGACGAGUGGAAGCAGGUGCCCGCCAUGGUGCCCAACCCCAACGUCCUCGCGCCUGCGCUCGUCAAGAAAGAAGACGAUUUCUUCACGGACCUCACCGCGUCGCACCUCAACUCCGAGUCGUUCCAUCGCCCACUGCAGCACAUGGUCGAGACCGCGUCGCGGCUCGAUGCGCUCAAGACAACAGCGCCAGCCUUGGGCAGUCUCCGAACCACCAAGCGCAAUCCAUAUGCGGUUGUGCAAAAGCUGGUCGGUCGCGACGACAUGAGCAGCACGUUCGAGAAGAAGGCCAGGGCCAAGGCCAAAAAGCAGCCACAUGCGUCGUUUCCGAGCGUUGCGCCCAGCGAAGACGAGCACACCACGUCGCGAAAGCACCGCGAGUUUCUACUGAACUCGCUCCGCGAGAUCCAACGCCAA